AUGAUAGAUUCAAAAUCUUCUUACCAAAUUUAUGAAAACAAUAGCCAGGAAAUUGCAUUUCUUCAGAGGAUGAGAACUCUAAAAUUUUAUAAAUUCGUUUCAAGAUCUUAUAAACCUGUAACUUUUUAUCUUUGGAACAAAGCACACUUAAAAGCAUCCUCUUUUUUAGGGACAGAUGCACUUGAAACAAAAUUUUUGGUUGAAAAUUUACAAACAGAUUGGGGGAUACAUAAACAAGCAGUUAUUCGCUCUGGUGACAUAAUUUGGAUUAAGUUUCCAUUGGAAUUAUUAGAAGAAGGGGAGAUUUAG